AUGCUUGUGAUUGGGCUCACUGGAGGAAUUGCUUGUGGAAAGUCAACAGUGUCCAAAAAGCUCGAAGAAAGCUACGGUAUACCUAUAAUUGAUGCUGAUAAAAUAGCCAGGGAAAUUGUGGAACCUCAUCGCGAUGCUUACAAACGCAUCGUGCGGUACUUUGGAGGAAAGGUACCGGACUUGUUACAGGCAGACGGCUCUUUAAACAGAGCUGCACUAGGAAAACAUGUUUUUGCAAACCACGCUGAUCUAAAGGUGCUAAACGGCAUUACGCACCCAGCCGUUAGAUACGAAAUAUUCAGACAAAUCCUGGGCAAUUACUUCAAGGGCAAGAAAAUGUGCCUGCUUGACGUCCCAUUGCUAUUUGAAAGUAAGCUGGACUUUUUUUGUGGAGUUACUGUGAGCGUAGUGUGCGACCAGGCCACACAGGUCGAGCGAGUGAGGGCCCGAAACCCUGAGCUGUCUGUGGAGGGUGUCAAAAACCGAAUUAAGGCGCAAAUGACACACAAGGAACGAACACGGCGCUCUGAUUAUGUGUUAGAAAAUGAUGGCUCUCCACAAGCGCUGUACGGCCAAGUCCAUUCGCUGAUAGGAAAAAUCAAACCUUCCUGGACCCGCACUCUUCUGGAGUAUUUCCCACCUUUCGCCAUUGUGAGUGCUAUUGCCAUAAUGAUGAUCAAAUACUUGCGGGCCAAGUAG